CUUUAAUGAAGGAGCAGUCUACGUAACAGGAGCUGAGAGUGAGCGUGCGGGUGAACUGCAUCAGACUGCAGACCAGCCGCCGCAGCAUCACACAGUGCUGCAGAGAUCCUGAACACACACACACACACACACACUGCUGCAGUGGAUCCUGAACACACCCUGCAGAACAGCAAAGCCGGCCCAGCAGCACCACAACACGGACACACGACCGGCCGGAGCAAACAGGAGACCCGAGCUGAGACGUCCUGAGUUCUGCUGACUCAGCGCUGCUAGGCUCGGCUGCGGACAACUGCACGUUCUGUUCCAGACAAGCAGCAGGAUGUCUGUCAAUGACAAAGACCCGAUGCCUGCAGUGGUCUCUCUCUCCCCGGGACAACUGCAGUCCCUCCUCAAGAUGGAGCCCAAGACCCUGGGGGCGAUCCAGAUCGUUAUUGGGGUUCUGAUCCUCUGUCUCAGUGCCUCUGUGCUCCAGGUCCACGAAGUGCACUUCACAGGAGACGUGGCCCUCUUCCUGGUUGUUGUCAUACAGGUGACCCUGUCUGGUUCAGUGCUGGUCCACAGUGGGAGGAGCCCGACUUUGUUCUGGGUGAAGGUCGUGCUGGUGCUGCACCUCAUCAGUGCUGCCUUCUCCACCGCCGCCCUUGGACUGAUGUCCAAACACCUGCCGUACCGCCAGGACUCCUACCACUGUGAGCACUGCCACAGGCUGGAGCUGCACGCCGUGCAACAUUGUUUCAGGAAAUGCACCGGGCUGAUCGAGCAAAAGUGUAAACUGCUGAUCGACGGGAUCCUGGUGACCCUGGUGAUCUUCCUGGUGCUGGAGCUGCUGAUCUGCAUCACCGCCAUGCUGUUCGGGCUCAGCGUCCUGGCUGCUGGGGGGACACAGGCUCCAAGACAAAAACCUGUGUACCCACAGACCCGCCCCCCCCCUGUUCCAGUUGUGCAGGUGGUUCCAGCUGUAGCCGAGACGUCUCAGGUGGCUGUCAUUGUAACUGAGGCAGAUUCCGAGCAGGUGGAGGAACUCUCCACCCCCCCCACUGAACCCCAGGUGGAGCCCAUCGAAGAUUUGACAUCAGAGCCCUGAACUCAGCACACACACACAUACACACUCCUCCCGGUGAUGUCAUGUCAGUCAGAGUGUAAAUAUGGAUGUCAGCCUCCUGGCGGCCGGAAUAAUAAGAACAGUUUAAUCUCCGAUUUGGAUUGAUGAUUCAUGAAUCAGAGAGAAAGCAAAUCUGCUGAUGACAGCGGUCCAAGGUAAUAAACAUCAGAAGAAUUGGUCAAAGUUAAACUAGAGGGUCCCAAAACAGUGCCCAAGGUUACCAUCCUGUUCUUUCACUCCUGCCAUGACAUGAAUACACACUCAGUAUAAGCACUGCUGCACCUACACACUGAACACACUGAAACAUUGACUUUAAUUAAAUGUAUUACAGAACGUCAACAUAUUUCACAUAAUUAAGCCUAUUGUGGUAUGUGUUUUAGCUUAUUGUGUUUAUUUAUUUUUGAUGACGUGUAAAUACUUAAUCUGCACUACUUAAAAACUGGUUUUACAACAUACCUACACUAUUUCUCUCUAAUUUAAACUACUCUGUUUGAUUUUGCACAAUUUUUUAUUUCUUUUUUAUUAUUUUUAUCUUAAUUUUAUUAUUUUGUCUUAUGUCCUUUUAUAACACUGUUGGAGGAGCUCGGGAACUUAGAUUUUUAUUGCCAUACUACACUGAAGCUACUGUGCAUCUGACAAUAAAAACCCCUGAACUGUAUUAGGUUAGUUGAAAGCAAUACUAUUAAGUUGAACCUAAUAUUAUUGAUUUCAACUAACCUAAUACAGUUAUGGGAGGUCUGUUGACAUAAUACAGUUAAUUAAAGUCAGUGUUUCAGGUUGUUCAGUGCACUACAGUGUGUUGUGGUUAUGAUGUUGAUCAGUGUUACAAGCCAUUUAUUCUUCCAAUACUAACGUCACUAACAUAAGUAGAGAGUAGAAAAAAUAUAGACAUAAAACCAGAGAAGGAUUCUCAGCUAGCGAGGGGGAAGAAAGGGCAGGAAGGGUUCACUCACUGAUACUCUGUGUGUUAGUUACAGUGAAGGCAGAUUCAAUAAGUAAGUUUGCACUUUUUUUGCCUUUCAAAUAUCUCAAACUGCUCUGGCCAUCAUUGACUGUUGAAAUAAAAAUGUUGUUGACUAAC